AUGGGACACUGCAAGCGUAUCCGUCACUUAUGUCCCGACCGUUCCAGUGUCAAGCAGACCAUUUAUCUGCUUCGGGGCAUUUUGGUCAACCGCAUCUUGAUGAUGACUCUGAAUAGGAGAUGGAACGUUCAGUAUGGGCUACAUCCUCUUCAGGAAGACCACCCAUUUUUCCGCCAAGACGUCAUCGAUAGCCAAGAGAGGAUGUUUGCUCCUAUCCCGAGUAAGGGAGAUGACGAACAGGACGACGGCGAUCAUCACAUUGACGUAUUUGCUGUGGACGGCAUGGGUGCCAACGAAGAGGAUGAUAGCGAUACAUACGAGGACGAGAUCGUGUACAGUGAUGCAGAGAUUGAAAGUGAAGUCGAGGAGGACUGA